AUGGCGGCGCCCAUAGCAGUACACCUUGAGUUCGGAGGAGGGGCCGAGCUGCUAUUCGGUGGCGUGAAGGAGCACCAGGUGACUCUGCCCAGCCAAUCAGAGCCCUGGGACAUGAAGCAGCUGCUGGCGUGGAUCAGAGCAAACAUGCUGCAGGAGAGGCCCGAGCUCUUUGCGCAGGGAGACACCGUGAGGCCUGGCAUUCUGGUCUUGAUAAAUGAUGCAGACUGGGAGCUGAUGGGUGAGUUGACAUACCAGCUCCAGGACCAGGACAAUGUGGUGUUCAUCUCUACUCUGCAUGGGGGGUAGAUGACUGAUGCGAGACACACGCAUUUUGUUGGUUCACAACCAUGAUCUGACCACAGCUUUGCUGUUACUCUUCAAGUAAAACUCCUGAUGCCUGAUGGAAGACUGCUGUGGAUUCACCAAUGCCCCAAAGCUAUCACUUAAAACAGAAAUGACUUAACCCUGGAGAUGCUGGCUUCCUUCAUUUUGAAGGAUAAAGUCACUGUUAAAUCUUAAAUCUUACAGAAACCAGUCCAUACAGUGAACUCUAGAAAAAAUUAAACCCUAAGGCUGUGAUGCAGGUUUUGGGGGACCACCUGUGCUGGCUGAAUUUUGGAAGAUCUUACAGAGAUGCACCAUGGGUGAUCGUGGAUCCUUGAAGCUUCACUGGACUUUUGGUUGUUGUUGUUUUUUUUCUCUUUUCUCCGGCUUUCUCUUUUCUCUUUUGUAAUUACAGCUUGGGACUCUGCUGAUUUCCUUAAAUAGUUUGUUGUGUUUUUUCAUGUUUUU